AAUUGUUAUUUACGGUGGGAAGUAGGAAGAUCAAACGCGCGAGAGACGAGAAAGAGAAUGGUGAGAGACUUGGAAGCACUGAGCGAAGAGGAAAGAAGAGCUCUUCGAGGCAGCAAAUUCGCCCCCCUACCUUCCCUUCCCCCUCCUCCUUCUUCGCAACCCAGGCUGGCGCACCCUGGAGGACCCCUGAGGACGAAUAAGGCUGCGGCUUUGGCGAAAUUUCUGGCAAGAAAGCUUCAAGAGCCCAAUGGAUUAGCCUCUAUAAACCCCGAUCUUCUCGACAUCGCUGUCCAAAAUGCCAAACACACCGUCCUUUCCAGUGGUACAUCAAAUUCAGGAAGUAAGAUUCAACAUGUAGACUCUUUUGGUGACUCUGAGGAUUCUACAGAUGGAGGAAAAGUGGAAAGUUCUGAGUUAAAGAAAUAUAAGAAAAAGAAGAAGAAGAAGAAGAAUAAGAAGAAGACAGAAAAAGAGAAGAAUAAUAAAAAACGAAAGAUCGUGGAGGAACCUGGAUGUGCUAUGGUGAAGAAGUCUAAAAAAAAGUCCAAAUCGUGAUCAGAAUGUAAAUGUGAGAAAUGGUUUCAGCAGAGAAAUGGAAGUCCUGGUAUUUUUUGUUUUGUUUUUUGGAACAUAUGCUGUGUGGAUGCUAGAUAGGAUCGGCAACCGACCUUGGACAGCCAGCAACAUUUGGAAAUGACUGCGUUCCUAGCCAUGCGAUUGAAUCUAUACCUUAUUUUUGACCUAUUGCUUAUUGUCACAAUAGGUAGUGCUGGUGCACAUAAGUAGUAUUUUUUUUUUCCUUCAUAAAUUUUUGGGUGGCGGGAAAGGGUCAAGAUGGCGAUAGGAAAGCUUGGUGAUUAGCUGGGAAACCCAUAUAGUGUAUGCCAUUUGAUAUUUUGAUCCGAGUCUCUUUUGUUUCUCUA